GUUGGGAUGUUUAAGAUUCAUCCUGAAAUUCCAGAAUCACUGUCUGCUGAAACAAGGGCCUUUAUUUUGCUCUGUUUUGAACCUGAUCCUAGUAAACGUGUUACAGCAUCUGAUUUGCUCAGAGAUUCCUUCAUGAAACAAGUAAACAAGGGCAAGAAAAGCAGAAUUGCAUUCAAGCCUUCAGAUUAUAAUCGCAAUACAUCCCUCUCGCUGCCAGUCCACGGAGAACAAGCUGGCAGCAGCAGCAGUGAGCAUGGCUCUGUUUCGCCAGACUCUGAUGUACAGCAUGACAUGUUUUUCAAAAGGCCAAAGAGAUCCAUUUCAGAGAUUCAGACAAAGCAUCCCAUUUCCCAUUUAUUAAGCGUGCCUGAUGAGGGCUCAGCCUCGGAGGACAGGAGCUCUUCUCCUUCUCUUGAGGAUAAGGAUUGUGGUCUGUUUCUGCUGCGGAAGGACAGUGAACGCCGAGCGAUCCUAUAUAAAAUCCUUAAGGAAGAACAGAAUGAAGUUGCUUCCAAUUUGCAGGACUGUAUUACACAGAGCUCUGAAGAACUGCAACUUUCAGUGGCUCACAUCAAGCAAAUUAUUGGGAUUUUAAGGGACUUCAUACGCUCUCCAGAGCAGAGAGUGAUGGCUUCUACCAUAUCCAAGUUGAAAAUGGAUUUGGACUUUGACAGCACUUCCAUCAAUCAGAUUCAUCUGGUGCUGUUUGGCUUUCAGGAUGCGGUGAACAAAGUAUUAAGAAAUCAUUUAAUAAGGCCCCACUGGAUGUUUGCAAUGGAUAACAUAAUUCGCCGUGCAGUCCAAGCAGCAGUCACUAUUCUUAUUCCAGAGCUUCGAGCUCACUUUGAGCCAGCAUCAGAAACAGAAGCUGGGGACAAAGACGGUGAUGAAGUGGAGGACAGUUCCCAGCCCACUGAACAAAAUGGGGCUGAGGAUCCUGCCAUCACAUCAGGAGUCAGCACCCUUGGUUCUGUCAUGUCACAUAGGGCUCAGCAGCAGCUUAGCCUGGAGUUGGGCAGACUCAAACAAGAGACCUUAAGGCUUUUGGAAAAUCUUGUUCAGAAGGAGAAGGAGUAUCAGACCCUCUUACGACAAUCUUUGGAGCAAAAAACUCAGGAAUUACGCUUGCUUCGAUUAAAACUUAAACCUGAAGACUCCCAAUUGUCUGCAACAACUUUUAGAGAGAAUGCAGACCCUGAGCUCAUGAACUGGCUGAAACAACAAGGAGCAGACUUGGAAGCCAUUAAAAGGUUUGCUGAAGAAGAUUAUACACUAAGUGCUGUCCUUAAUGAUAUCACUAAAGAUGAUUUGCGGUAUCUUCAACUGCGGGGUGGUCUUCUCUGCAGAAUUUGGAAUGCAAUAUUAAACCACCGCCAAACAUCUGGGAAGACCUCAGUGCAGAUGAGUAAAGCUUCAGAAGGAGAAUGUGUAAGCAGAAAAAGCAAAUGA